AUGGAGAUACAUACGAAUCCUCCAUUCUACGACCCUUCAGUGGAGAUAAUUCCAGCCCCGUGGACAGACCCGGAGGUUGUAGUUACGACCAAGGAACUGAUGACAGAGAUUGGACAGGUGCCCGUUCUUGUGAAGAAGGAGAUUGACGGCUUUGUCCUCAAUAGGAUUCAGUACGCAAUCAUUGGGGAAUGCUGGCGACUAUAUGAGGGAGUAAUGAGUGCGGAGGACAUUGAUAAGGUGAUGUCAGAGGGUUUAGGACGGAGGUACGCUUUCAUGGGUCCCCUGGAAACAGCCUUCCUUAACGCUGACGGACUGCUCGUUUUUGGGGAUCUAUACUGUGAGACAUUAUACAGAGUUCAGUGUUCGUUCGGUCCUCCACAGAAAAUGGAGGGACCCACUCUGGAAAAAAUACACAACGAAAUCGCAGCCAGAAUCCCGCUGGAAAAACUCUACGAGAGAAGAAAAUGGCGGGACAUUCGUCUUGCAUCACUCCAGAAAUUAAAGAACGAACUAGACGAAUCUCAUUCAUAG